AUGCUUUCUAAUCAAGUAAAUAAUGUCAAAAAAUGGUUUAAUGAAAAACAUAUUAAAAUACAAGAUAUCUGGUUGACACAAUGUGUCGAAUAUUUCUUGUCUGAAAACCAAAAUAUGUCUCUUCAAAAUCUUCAAGAAGAAGCUUUUCAACAAUGGCUGUUAAAUGAUCUAGCUGAUACUACAUCAAAUUCUCUUCCGGAGUUAGAUAAAACAACAAAAGUGCUUCCUGGAAGUUUUGUAUUACAGAUCCAGAAAUUAAUUGAUAUAAGUGCAAGUGCAUAUAGUCAAAUUCAAAAACUGUACAAUUUACCAGUAGAACAGACCGAAGAGGAAAUGGAAAAAGAGAAAAGUUCACGAGUCCUAAAAUUGUUUUUAUCUGAUGGAACGAAAGAAAUUCAAGCUAUGGAAUAUAGACAGAUUAAGUGUUUGUCACUUAACACAGCACCUGGCAGUAAAAUAAUUUUAAAAGGCCCAAUAAAUGUUAGCUCUAGUGGGAUGUUAUAUUUGGAAAAUCAUCAUGUUACUUUCCUUGGCGGUGAGGUUGAGACACUAUUGGAACCGAAUUCUGUGAUAAAUACAUUGUUAAAGUCUAUAAACCUGUCAGCAGAUAGUAGUUUAUUGAAGAAUAAUAGAAAUAUUGCCAUAAAGCCUCUACAAUCCGAAAUAAUUGAUUCUAAUACACGUGAAGCAAGUACAAUCUCCACUUCAUCAAAUACAAAUGUGGUAAACAAUUUUGAAACCAAUAUUUUAUUAGAUGAUCCAUUAGCUGAUGCAUUUCUUGAAGAAUUCGAUUUGCAUAAUAUUAAUGAUGCUCCUGAUGUUGAUCUGGAUAAGACGUUUAUGAGAGUUCAGGUAUUUAUAUUCAUAGAUUGUAUUUAA